GCCUGAUAUGCCCUUUUCUUGUCCAUCUCAAUGUCCAUUCCCUUUACUAAUCAGGUCACACAAUUAGGAAUAACGUCUUGAUUGGACUUAAUUGGUGGUUUUGAGGCCAUGUCACAGCCUAAGAGAUGGAGCAAGAGGUAUAAAAGGGUACCUUUUGGCAAGGAACAUGAACAAAGACAAUCAACCUUUACCAAGAUCAACCAUCGACAAAUUCGCAGAUCAUCCUCACCAAAGCCUCAACCUCAACACAUGGCUAUGUUUGGCACCUCAGUGUCUGCCCUCUGUCUGCUGUUCCUGCUAUCUGUAUGCACUGCCUGCUACAUCUCCAACUGCCCCAUAGGAGGCAAGAGAUCAGCCCUAGCUUUCCCAUCCAGAAAGUGCAUGUCAUGUGGCCCCGGGGACAGGGGUCGCUGCUUUGGCCCCAAUAUCUGCUGUGGGGAGGGGAUGGGCUGCUACGUGGGCUCUCCAGAGGCAGCUGGCUGCGUGGAGGAGAACUACCUGCCCUCCCCCUGUGAGGUCGGAGGAAGAGUGUGUGGCUCUGAGGAGGGACGUUGUGCUGCACCGGGGAUCUGCUGUGACGUGGAGGGUUGUAGUAUUGACCAAUCCUGUACUGAGGAGGAUGAAGCUGAAUACAUAAGCCAAUCAGUGAGCAGUAGCCAUGGCCAUGAUCUGCUGAUGAAGCUUCUGAACAUGAUUAGCCACACCCCUCCCCACAGAGUCCACAAAUAAAACAGCCUCUAAUUCAGGGGCAGUCCUGAGUUGAAAGACAGUGUAAAAAAUCUGUCACAUCUCAAUGUCAGAGGCAUACCUAUGUACAUACAUUUUGUACAGAAGACAGACAUAGAUGUAAAGGAUUAGUUUUGCUUGUAACUGUUUGUGUAAUCGCUUGUGUUUCAAGAGUCAAAUAAAGCUUACUGUACAAAAACAACUGUCAGGAUAGUCAAGAACUAGGUUUCCAUCCAAUUUGUGACAAAUUUUUAUGUGAAUAUUCUCAAAUCUGCAUAAAUCAAUAUGCAUAUUUUCCCAUCAGAGAUUUUUCCAUCAAGCAAACUUUUUCUGGAUAAAAGGCUGUGCAUGAUGACAAACUACACACAAAAAUAACCUUUGACAAUAAAUUCCUAUGUGCCGAAUUAAAAAUACAAGUUAAA